GUGAAGUUAGCGGCUCAAAGUGUUGGUUUCUCGAAGUUGGGAUAAAGUUAUGGCUGUCACCUGCUCUGAAAGAUCUCCACCUGCCAAACGGCUGCCCGCGCCAAGAGACGUCAUUGCUCGCUGCCCCACCAACCUUACAUCCAAUUGUCACCUAAGCAAGAGCAUCCCAUCCCAUUCUCCGAUUGCCAUCCCAGUAUCUAGCUGCCUACGACGAGGCAAGCGCCUAUCCAUAUCCCUACCUACGUGUAACCUAACGCUCUAGUCAGAACCAUAAUAUCCCUAUAACGACGACAUCUCUUGCUUUUUCGCUAUCUUCUACCCUCAUACCUGCGCCCUCGCACACACUACAUAAGUCUUCAUUCGUAGUCCCGACCCCACCACCAACGCCGCCACCACAACCAUGAACCGCCUCUUCGGCAGCGCGCCCAAGGCGCCCAAACCCACGCUCAACACCGCGAUAACGAACCUCGACGGCCGGAUCUCCUCCUUCGACGUAAAGAUCGCCUCCCUCAACGCCGAGCUCGGAACCUACCAAUCCAAGAUGUCCAAGAUGCGCGACGGGCCGGGCAAGAACGCCUUAAAAUCCAAAGCCCUGAAGGUCCUGCAGCGGCGCAAGCAGUACGAGUCGCAGCGGGACCAGCUGCAGUCGCAGGUGUGGAACAUGGAGCAGGCGCAGACGAUGCAGGACAACCUGGCGGGGGUCAUGACGACGGUGGACGCGAUGAAGACGACCCAGAAGGAGCUGAAGAAGCAGUACGGCAAGGUCGACCUCGACAAGAUCGAGCGCAUGCAGGACGAGAUGGCCGACCUCAUGGACGUCGGCAACGAGAUCAACGAGACCCUGAGCCGCGGCUACGAGGUCCCCGACGACGUCGACGAGGCUGAGCUCGACGCCGAGCUCGAGCUGCUCGGCGCCGAGAUGGAAAUGGAGGGCGGCAUCGAGGCUGGCGGCGUCCCCGACUUCAUGAGGGACGAGGUCCCUGAGUUCAUCGACGAGCCGCCCGAGACGAGCGCCAAGGUGCAGGAGGCGGCGCGGUGAUCCUACGAGGCAGACCUACGAAAGAUACCUAAACACAAAAUACACAUCUUUUUUUUUUCUUCCAAAGAAAGGAGUUACGGGGGUUCAUGACAUAGGGUUUAGCAGGGUCUAAAUAUUGG